AUGAGUUUUUUAUGGGGAUCUACGAAGUAUAAAAAAAGUAAGAACAAAAAGCCUACCGGAUCUCUUCCAUCAGGUGCUAUUCCAGUGCAACGUGUUAAGCCAGCACGUAAAGGUGUUCCUAUAGACUAUCCAAGAACUUUGGAGAAAGUACUUGGCGAAAGUUUGGUGUUCAGAACAUCUUUUCUGAAUGAAUUGUUGAGCACUGGCAAAUCUGGUAUUGGACCUCCAGACUUAAUUCAUUGUACAGAGCUAGAUAAAUUUCAUGAUGAGAAAAUUGGGGAGUUCUUUUACAUUACCGGAAUUGACGCUUCGAGCACUUCUAUGCCAAUUGCAUUUUUAAAACUGAUAAAAUGGAAUGAUAGCACGAAACCAAAAUCAAUCUCCUUCAAGAAUGAUAACAUUACCACUUACUGUACAUUCAAUAUCUUUCAGAAAUUGGACAUUAGGUUGAGAUACGAGUCUGAAGACGUUUAUCAAGUAAAUGUCAUCAACUGUUUGAAUGGGAAUAAUGAAACAUCGUUGAGUGAUCUCAUUUGGGAAGAAACCUUCGUAAGCUGUUGCAUAAGAAGCAUGAUUAUCAAUUUGGAUUCAGAAAGAAAAAUACCUGGACUGGUGGAACUUCCGUUUGUUUUUGAGAACAGAAGCCCCAGUGAUUACAAAAGGGUAAUCGAUUCACUGUGUAAGUUUUUACCAAGAUUUUUGGAAUGUGGUUGGGAUUCCACGAAGAGUGUCUAUGCGACAAUACUGAACAACUACUUAACUCAAUCAUUACUGGUAUUUCUAUCUAUAACUCCAAAGUUUAUGACUGACUAUGCAAUUCAAGUUUUGGACAAUUUAAUAAAGAGUGAUCCAUCAAAUUUCAAAUAUUACUUUAUCGUUACUAUCUACAUCAUGGAGCAAAGUAAUGAUCGCGAUUUAGAAAUGGUUAGAAGAAUCCAUGAGAUAUUAGACGUACUGCUACCUGAACUGUAUGAAUUGCCAUCGGAUGAGCCUUACAGUACCGAUUUAAUAAAUUGUAUCACUGAUGUGCUAUGCAUUCAAGCAAGGUUUCUUUUAAAUAGCAACGAUUAUGAGUUAUCUUUAUCUAUCUCCACGUUAGCCACUAAAUUAUCUUCAGAUAGUUUUGAAUCCUGGUUGCUGUUGUCCAAAAGUUAUGUUUUUCUACAGCAGUACGAUAAGGCAUUGCUCACAAUCAACUCAAUGCCCUGUUUGGCUGAAUACGAUAUCGUUAAACAGGCCCAGAUUAACGUAUUUAAACUGCACAUGAACUAUUACAAGGCUCCUUUAUGCCAUAGCAGAGAAGUUUGUACUAUGACCUCACAUGAGCUGAAUCAUUUGAUGAAUACUAUGCACUACGAAAAUGAGCUGGAGUUGAGAUCAAUAAUAUUCGGACGCACUGUGAUGCCUAAUGAAUCUAAGUACGGGUGUAUAGAAGAGAUAUGGAGUAGGUCCUGUCUUGAACUAGGGCCCAUUUAUGGACCACAAAGCGAUAAUCUCAUAAACUUUGUUUCUCAUCAAGAAGUAAGCACUAUACGAGACUUGAUGUUACUGAAACGAAGCAAAGAGACCAGAGAAACAAGUUGGUUUCGUGAGCAAGUACGUUUUUUGUUGAUGGAACUAAUUGUGAGAAUUGGUUGGAAUGUCUUACUUCAGCUAAGGUCUGACGUUUUUGUUAUGGAGAGCAAAUUCAAAAUGAUAGACUCUUCGGACAAGCUCUCUAUAGAACUUCGUCAGAAGAGGCUGUGUCAAAGAUGGUUUGAUGCCAUGUUUUUGGACAUUUAUGAAGAUUUGAGCAUCAGCACUUCAUCUCAAGAGAAUAAGGCAACCGCAAAAUACAGCGGGUUAGAAUGGGAACUACUUGGCUUGACUUUGCUUCGGUCCAGUGCUCUAUCUGAUGCAAUAGCAUGUCUACGAACCAGUAUUUUGGCGAGGUUUGACCCUAUCAGCUGCCACCAUCUCUUAAAUCUUUAUCUUUCCCUGGAUAUUAAUCAUGAGUUUAUGAGGAGGUUUGACGUCGAUAUUGUUUUGGAUUUGCUGGUGAAGUUGAUUUCCUUCCGUAUACGAUUCUACGACAGAUUCCAAAUAUUUUCCCUACAAGUUCUAAAGAAACUAAAGGAUCAGUUGAGCACCGAAAUUAUUAAAAACAAAAUAAUCAAUUCUUCUUAUGGGCAAGCUGGAAUCGCAUUAGUAAUAGAUUAUAUGCUUGGGUGCCUUUCGGAAAAUGAGAACGAAACAUACUUGGCUUACGAACGCCCUCUUCCAGAGCCUCCUUCCACUGUUGGAGCACCAGAAGACUAA